AUGCAGGUUACCGAGAAUGAAGAAAACGUAUGGAAACUGUGUUCAGAAGUUCGCGACCGACAGCCCGCAGAAUUACCCAGCUGCUACGUUGUAUUCGUGUCAAACGAUAAACGUACCGUACCUCUAUGGCGUCAACGUGCAGGAAAGGAAGAGGAGAAACUUGUAAUCUGGGAUUACCAUGUUCUCUUUCUUUAUGCCCCGGAUGAUCGUUGCCUCGUCUACGAUCUUGAUUCGGAGUUGCCAUUCCCUACACAUUUCCACAAGUACGUGACAGAAACCUUCCGUACUGACCACAUUUUGAAAUCAGACUACUUCAGAUAUUUCCGAGUAUUCCCUGCAUCAGUUUAUCUGCAGCACUUCUCAUCCGAUCGUAGGCACAUGAAGCGCCCAGAUGGAUCGUGGAUCAAACCACCACCGGACUAUCCACCAAUUACCACUUCUGCCAGUCCACAUAAUUUGGAAGAGUUUAUAAACAUGGAUCCCACUAAAGGACAUGGAGAGGUCAUGAACCUGACGCAACUGGUCCGUAAGUUUUAUCCUCAGGCCUAAGGGUCUUAUCCUGGAUUCAGCUAUGCGCAGGAGAUGGCUCCAUGCAAGAUAUCACCACCGUUAUGAGCUUAUGAGGCUGUUUUUCAUCAGUGAACCUUCUUUCCCUUGUGAAGUAUUGCAGAGAGCAUUCAGCUAUUCUCAGCAACAUUAUAGUUUAUCAAGUUUAUUCGCAAUUGCAAUGUUAUUAUCUCUGCAUGGAAACGGAAUUUGAUUUGCAUUCAGUCUCCAAAAGCAAGCUUUCCUGCGUGAGCUGUUUCAUUUUCACCACAUCGAAUGAAGAUAAUUCCCCUAUAUACGUCAUACUGUUUAUCAAGUUAGUCCCUCAUAUAAUUGUCAUCGAUUUACUAUUCUCUUAAAAGUUUCUUAAUCAAUUGUUGCUUGGAAAUUUUUCCGGCAUGAUUGUUUGACUGAAUGCUUAUGUCUGUGAUGAUAUUGUAAAUGUAGGGUACAUGAAUAGACUGUUCAUUUUGCUCUUAGACUCUUUACUAUUUCACAACUCAUAAUCUUUAUUUAUGUAAUUUUACUUAAGUUUCUUCUGUCACAGAUUAAUUGUAUAUUAAGAGUUAAUUUUAUUUUGUUAAAUAAUUUUAAAAGUGUGCAGUUUGUAUAAAUAAUUUUAAACUAUUCAGAAUACUUGAAUUGAAAGAACACUGCUAAUGAGAUUUAUUAUUUUUUUAAUUUAAUUAUAAUUUAAAAUGAUAAAGGGUUUGUAAUUAUUUAUUUUUUUACUUAUAGUGAUGUUUUUCUGUUGCCCAUUUUUUUAAAAACAAUUUCUGUCUAAAUGUUGAAGUUAUGAAUUUAUUAUAAUAUUAAAAUAUAUUUGACAGUGUGCUUAGCACAGAAAGUGAUUUUAUUAACUUCAAAAUCAAGUGACUUCACGAUUAGAAAAAAGAAAAUCGUCAUAAGAAAAUAUUGUUACUGUUGUCUAUUAUUGGUCAGGUGAGAGAUGACGAGAAUGAUGUAAAUUUUGGAGAUAACAUACAAAAUAUAAGCCUAUGGAAUUGGAAACCAAUUUUAUUCUUUCUUAAUGAGUUUUGUUAAUAAUGUUUUGUCAGAUAGUUGUUGAAAAAAUCAAAAUUUCACUAAAAAUGUAAUUAAUUGAAUCGUCUUGGGAAUAAAGAGAACCCAAAUCUCCAUGGUAAGUGGAGUCCCCUGCACUUUUGCAGUUUCCUUACAGAAUUGUUUCUGUAUAAUAUUGUCAAUUUUACUUUAUUCAAUAACAACUUUGUUAUAGUAGGCAAAUAUGGAUUGUGUAAUCCACUCAAUUUUAUAAAAACUUUGUUGUUAACCAUUCAUUAUUUGAAUUGAUUUGAUGAAAGAUGGCAAUUUUGUGAAUGUUUUUUUAAAGGCCAUAUUUGUGGCAUAUAAACUCUUAUCAUAUCUGGCAUAGCCAUUGGAUCUCUCCUUUUUAAUGGUCCAUUUAUAAAUCUCUUACAUGGGAACAAAAUUUUCCAAGGGAACAAAACACAAUUAGUGACUUUUUUUUACUACAAAAUGACUAAAUGUUUAAAUGCCAAACUAGUUUGCAAAAUUUAAUUUCAUUAAUUAUUUCUAAAUUACUCUUGUUUCUCUAAAUUAUUAUGUCCAAGCUUAGGAGGCCUCAUGAUUUCAAACUGGCAUUCAUAAAAUGAAACUGCUUUUAUGAACUUGUAUAAAUAUUUGAAGAACAGUAGCUGUAACAUCUGGCAUAAAAUAAAACAUUCGAUAAGAACCACCAAUAGGUAAUUUGAGAAAUUUUGUUUCAUUCUCUUGUUAGUAAAGACAUCUCUUGUUUAUUUCUUUGACAAAAAGCUGCUGAAUAUAUUUAUUGUUUUUUGUUAUUAUUUAAUGAAUAUAUAUUUUGAAAAUACUGCGUACUUGCACAUCACUGUCAUCAGUGCUUGUGAAAUUACAAGAAUGCAAAAAGUGUUGUAUAAGCUUUAGAAUAUUAUAUUUCAUUUACACUUGGGUUUAAUUAUUUCACAGAUCGAUUAGUAUAUGAAGAACCUUGAGCUCGUUAACUGUAUUAAAAAAUAAACACGAAGAUGAAUCAAUGAAUUGUCUACACAUGUACCCAAUGAUUUUUUGCUUUAAACCGUUGUUACAUAUUGUUAGUGAAAACAGUUCAUCAGCUUGUCAUACAUGAUAAUAUUAACUGAUGCUCAAUAAGUAUUCUCUCAACAGUGAAAGCUUUACAUGCCUGUAUAUGAAAUGGAUUAUGUUUUGAGCUUUAGAAUCAAACAAAUAGUUAAACAAAUUAAUUAUUGAGUUUUAAGGUAAUGUUUUUUCAUCCUGUUUAUGGUUAUGAAAGUUCAAAAUUUGUAGGUGCGAAUCUGCAAGUAAUGACGCUUUGCUUAGCAUGAUAGUUCUUUUGUACUUUUUGUAUAAUAAAAUGCAAAAGGUUUAUUUAUCUUAGUCUGUGAAACAGAAUAUUUUAUGAAACUUAAGUUUAUUUUUAAAAAUCAUUAAUAGUACAAUUGACUUGUGUACAAAGGAACAUAGUUUCUUGAUUGUAUUUUAACCUGACUUUUAAAAGUGUUGACAAAAUGAUGAAAUGUUUAGAGGAACUUGACUGCAAUGAAUUUGGAGUUCUAAAAAGUGUUUCUUCUGACUGAUGUCUAAUUUAUAAGGGACUUUUAUUCUUCAGGGAAUGUGCUAUUGCCUCCAAGAUCAUUUCUUCUAGCUUGAAAAUAUUACAAAUUUGUAAAAUUACGAUAUAAAUGAAACUCUUACUAUUUGCUUAUUUUUUAUAAUACUUUUUUCUUUCUUUUAAAGAAAGGUGUCAAAUGAGAAAGUGACAUAGAUGUUUAAGUUAAUGGUUUUUAAUAAUUGUUGUCUUUUCAGUGUUGAUCUGUGUUGUUAAGUUGUCAAUAUUGUCUAUAAUUGUUGAAUAACAAAUUUUUACUAGUAGUGGUGAUACCAUAAUCAUUUAUACAAUUUUCACUAUACUCAUUGUAUCAUCGAUAUCAAUUAUUGCAAUACUGUUCAAUUUUUGGUUUCCAGUGGUCCAUGUGAAACUUCAGGGAACUCAGUAAAAUUUUGAUUAUCCUUUACAAAUAUUGCAAAUCAUGAGUACAACUACUUUUCUAUUGGUCCUAACAUAUAAUAGUGUGUGUAUUUACCUACAAAUCUUUUUUUUUCUUAUUACAUUGGCAAUUGCACUUCAGCAAUAAUUCUUACAAUUGUAUAUUAAGUUGAUUUUACUGCCUUAGCUAGAAAUAUACUCAUACUGGAUAGAAAAUUGGUUACGAACAUAAGAGACAUAAUGUUAGAUACAAAGUGUAAUCUUUUUUAUGAAAUCACUUUUAACUGUAUGCAAUGGUUAUUUGAGAAGAUUUUCCAAUUCAUUAGGUAAUAUUAUACAAGAUAGGAAUUUGCUUAGGAUAAUUUUAUUGCUUGAUGAAAAACCAAGCAGUUUUGUACAGGAUAAUAAAUUACUUGCUGCAGUUUUCACCCUGUACUUAAUAUUCUAGUUAUUGCUCAUUGCCAGAGCUUGGUGAACAUCAGUUAGUCCCAAUUUUUAUCAGAAACUAUGCAUAGUUCUCUUUUUCAUCCUGUCUGUUUUUUGUGAUUUGCUCUUCACAUCUCAGAAAUUCUUCCAAUCUUUCACCCUUUCUGUGUUAUAUAUAAUUAUACGUAAUGAAAGUCCUUUUGAUACUAUUGAAAGCAUAACAUAAUACUGUAUAAUAUCAUCUGAUUCUUUAUUAUUGUAGGCUUUGACCAAGUUUUGCUAGAUUUAGACUGUUUCCUAAUGUACUGUUAAAAUUUCUCCUGUCUGGCAUGCCAUGUGUGGAUGGGUACUGAGCUCCUUUUUUUUGUCACAAAUUGCUAUUUCAUUCAGUCUUUUUCAAUAUUUCAUGUGUAGAUGAUUAAUAGUCAGAGCAGUCUUUAGCUUUGAUCUUUUUACGAAAUAUUCUCAUUAGGUCAGAAAAAAAUUAUUAAUCAGUUAAUCAUUACUGAUAAUUACCAUAUCUUUCAACAUGUUAUAUUUAAAAAAAUAGUUAAUUUACUUAACUGUUGAAAUGACUAGUUGACAUAUAAAUGCUUUGAAAUUGUGUAUUGAUUUAAACAAUAUUUUUGUGGUGUGUUUGCAAAGAUGAGCACCUAAUUAUGAAUGGAUAAUGAAAAUUAUUGUAAUGUCAUAGGAUGUUAAAUUUUUGCUUUUGAUCUUUUCCCCCUUAAGCAUAACUUUAACUUGAAUUUCAAAUCUUCAUAAAAUAUAUUUCAAAAGCGAUAAUACUUUUGAGGGUUAAACAGAAGUAUUACAAGCAAACAAGUGGUAUUGUUGAAUGUAUGACUAGAAAUUGAGAGAUGCCAAUUGCUAAAGAUGUUAGUUGUAACGAAACCGCUGUCUAGAAUAGGAAACUUAAGAUAUAUCAUAUAUAAUUUUUAAUUACUAUACAGCAACAAAGAAGAGAAAUAAUUAUAAAUCUGGAUCUGCAAUGAAUUGUUUCCAUAAUUUGGAAAUGUUAAUUAGGUGAUUAUGCAACCCAAAAAUCCACAUGUCCGCGAUGUUCAUAACUUCAUAUUAAUUCAUAAAUUCUUUGGUUUUAAAUUAUGAAAUGUUGUUUUGCAAAAUUGAAAGCAAUUUAUAAAUUGGGAAAAAAUUAAUAAAAUUUAUAUAUCCACUCAAGAAUGUUGUGCUCAUGUGCCAAAUAUUUUCUAGAGUCAAUAGCUGCCUGAAUGUGGAGCCAUUAGUUGUUAUCUAUAACUUAUAUGUUAAUUUUUGCAAAAAGAAAUUUAAAGUUUAGUUGAUCUCAUGUUUUUAUUCAGAAUAUUUGUGAAGAGUUUUUUUUUUUUUUUUUUUACACAUAUUAAUUUCGUGUUUAUGCAUUGGAGAUAAUUAUCUGUAAAUUGUGACAAGUGUUAUUGUGAAUAACGUUGUUAUUAGAGUUCAUGUUCAUAUUGAACUGGAUACACAGCACUCUAUUCAGUGAACAACAAGCAACAUAUGGUCUGAAGCUUAUUUUGAACAGGGAACUGGCAGAAUUUUAGGGUCAGACUGACCAUCUGCAAGUUAGACAAAUGGCAGAAUUAGGUACCAAGUACAAGAGUGCUAGCUGCCAUCUAUUUAUCUAGUCCAUUUCAUCUGUUUCAUUUAGAAUUCCUUUUGAUUAAGUUGAAAGAACUUGCAAAAGCUGAGCAAGUUAUUGGAUCUGUAGGGAUUGUAUAAUUGAUGGUGUUGAGUCACAUCUUGGUCUGAUAUUGAGGAUUAAUUUCGUUCUAAAAUGCACUUUCAUUUCUAUAUGUAUUUUAUUUUCAAGUGAUUUUCUAUUAGUAGAUCAUCUUAAUUUACAUUGAUAGACUACCCUAAUGUUUCUUCCUUUAUUGCAAUUCAAAUUUUUUACCUUUUAUUUUUGUUUCUUUUUUCCUUAGACAUUUUUUUGUUAUUACUAGUGUACAAGUCUGAAAUAUGGAAGGAGCUCAGUUCCAAUUUUGACAUGUGCGUGCAAGACAGAUCUGAUCGUGUAUUUUCACUGUCUUUUCCUGUCGUGUUACUUAUAUGGAUAAGUUCAGUCUUGGAAAAGAGGAUUGCAUCACUUAACAUAAUAUAUUUAUGGAGUCAAAGCAAUUCAGUAUCAUUUUAUUGAAUUCUCUUUUAGUGCUAAUGUAUGGUUCAAAAUGCUGUUUUAACGAUUUAUUGCAAGUAUUAUGAGAUCUGUGUCAAAUUUUUGAUUGAUUUUCUGAAUGUUGAAUUACAAUAUUUAGAUUGAGAUUUUUAAAUACAUUAAAAUGUAUUUUCACCUUCAAUAAUUUUUCAUACCAGAUUAAUUUUAUCUUUUAAUUAAGAAAGUGGAUGUUAUAAACUCUGAGAAGAAUAAUAAAAAUUGACAAAAUGUUUAAUCUAAACAUUCUGUCAAUCUUAGAACUUCAUCUUAUCCAAAGGUUUAUUGAAGUUCAUUCAAUGAGAAAUAAUACUGAAAGAAAUUGUUGACAUUUUCUAAAAUGUGUUAAUACGAAUGUUGAAUGUAAUUUUAACAGUACCCCUAACAUGGAAUUCGUUGUUAAGGAAUGUGUAAAGGUCGUAAUAAUCCUCUGUUCCAAGCCUGAAUAUAUCACACAUAAUUGUGUGAUGAAAUUUUAAAACAAAGCAAUUGAAAGACUGCAAACUCUCAUUGCCUUCUGAUGUUACUCUAUCUUUCUUAAUGUGUCUGUGUAAGCUUUCUGCACUCUCUUCUUUCCUCCCUACCUUUCAUUUCCUCUCUUCUCCUCUCUUUUUCUCCCUUCUAAUCUCCUGUAUUUCCUUCUGAUAGGGAGAACCUGACAUGUGUAGGAUGCAUUAUAUAUACCGUAUAUAUUCACCGUUGCAAAUGAAUGUUAGUGUCAUUAACAUAUUUACAUUGUGACAAAAGUAUUGUUUCUGUGAAUUAUCAGGUGCAAGUAAAUGCACUGUGACCUGAAAAAGUAACUAAUUUUUUGAAACUAUUGAUAGGGAUAUUCUUGCCUUACAGCAGCACUGAUUGGCUAGGGAAAUACAAUGAUAACUUCUACAACAGUACAAUAGUUGUUUUUGAAAUAGGUAUAUUGUCAUUAGCAUAUCAUACAGGAAGUUUGUGUGUUAUUUCUCCGUUACAUGGAAGGAUUUUGUAUGCAUUGUAAUAAUGGGACAUGUUUUGAAAAGAAUCUAUCGUUGCAAAGAUGCAUGUUUAUGCAUUCUUAACAUUCCAUCUUAUUUUUACAUAUUAAACUGAAACGCGAUAGGUGAACUCUCUAUGAGCUGCUGCUGAAGUUAUAUAAGCUUUGAUUUAAAGUCCUUAAAGAGCCAUAUCUUCAAAAUUUAAUUUUUUGGUUAGUUUUCCUGUUGUCUGCAAUUGGUAAUUCAAAAGACACUCGUGAACCUCCAUAUAUUGAUGUUUCAAUUAAUGAAAUUGAAAUAUAAUGAGCGUGUUUUUGUAAUCGUUCAUUUUCUUUUUAAGUAAAAUGUAAAUGAGUAUUUAUGAUGGGAAACAUUUGUGUAAAGCAUUACUUCAAUGUUCUUUCUUUUGUAAAUUGUUCAGUGACCAAGUACAAUUUUCCUCUCCAUUGUCAUCCCUGUUAAAAAUUUCAUAUUUUUCAUCAAAUUGUAUCUCUUCUCAGUUUCAUCCCACCAGUCCUUUAAAACUUAUUACUUGAUUACAAUGAAUUUUUACUUUUUGUAAAAUCUUUGAAUUGAGAGAUUUAAAGAAUUUGAGACAAAACAAAAUAAUAGUUUAGGUCAUCUCUAGAACUUCGACUUACGAAAAUAAUACUUUUUUACCAAGUUGGUACCAAAAGUAAUCAAAUAAAUAACUUCCACAAAGUUGAUAAAGGUUGUUGUGGAUUUGCAAACACGUUUGAACUUUACAUCUUCUCUUGUUCAGUAACUUGCAGAAG